CUCCCCCCACCCCUCCGCCCCCCUCCCAUGCUCUCCACGCGUCUCCUCCGCCUCCGCCACCGCCACCGCCCCAGCUCCUGCUCCUCGCCCCUCCGCUUCGUCGCCGCCGCCGCCGCCAUGUCGUCCUCCUCCUCCUCCUCCGCCGCCGCGCCCGGCGGCGGCCGGAAGCCGAACCGCCUCGCCGCCGAGCACAGCCCCUACCUGCUGCAGCACGCGCACAACCCGGUUGACUGGUAUCCUUGGGGAGAUGAGGCUUUCGAGAAGGCUCGCAAAUUGGAUAUCCCCAUCUUUCUGUCAAUUGGCUAUAGUACAUGCCAUUAGUGCCAUGUAAUGGAGGUGGAGUCUUUUGAGAAUGAAGAAGUUGCUAAGAUUCUAAAUGAUUGGUUUGUUAGCAUCAAGUUUUGACAGGUGGAUCGUGAAGAGCGGCCAGAUGUUGACAAGGUUUAUAUGACAUAUGUGUCAGCGCUGUACGGCGGUGGUGGUUGGCCUUUGACCGUCUUUUUAUCACCCAACUUAAAACCUUUGAUGGGCGGUACAUACUUUCCACCAGAUGAUAAGUAUGGAAGACCUGGGUUCAAGACUAUUUUAAGAAAGGUCAAGGAAGCCUGGGAUACUAAACGUGAUGCGCUUGAGAAGUCAGGAAAUGUGGUCAUUGAGCAACUUAGAGAUGCAUUAUCUGCCAAGGCUAGCUCUCAAGAUGUGCCAAACGAUGUGGCUGUUCUUUAUGUAGAUCAAUGUGUUGAAAAGUUAGCAAGCAGUUAUGACCCAAAGUUUGGUGGAUUUGGCUCUGCUCCCAAGUUUCCAAGACCUGUUGAAGAUUGCAUAAUGCUCUAUAAAUUCCGGAAACACAUGGAAGCUAGGCAGGAGAGUGAAGCUCAAAACAUAAUGAAGAUGGUAACUCAUACACUGCAAUGUAUGGCUAGAGGUGGAGUUCAUGACCAUGUUGGAGGUGGUUUUCAUAGAUAUAGUGUGGACGAGUGCUGGCAUGUUCCACAUUUUGAGAAGAUGCUGUACGACCAGGGACAGAUAGCCAAUGUAUACUUGGAUACAUAUGUUAUCACAGGAGAUGAGUAUUAUUCUUCAGUUGCACGUGAUAUACUUGAUUACUUGAGGAGAGACAUGAUUGGAGAAGAUGGUGAAAUUUUCUCAGCAGAAGAUGCUGACAGUGCAGAAUAUGAAGGUGCUCCAAGAAAAAAAGAGGGUUCUUUCUAUGUGUGGACAAGUCAAGAGAUCGAAGACACACUUGGGGAGAACGCGGAGCUGUUCAAGAACCACUACUAUGUUAAAUCGUCUGGCAACUGUGACCUUUCGGGGAUGAGUGAUCCUCACAACGAGUUCAGUGGUAAAAAUGUGUUAAUAGAAAGAAGACCGGGUUCAUUGAUGGCAUCGAAGUAUGGCAAGUCUGUUGAUGAAUAUUAUGGAAUCCUGGGGGAAUGCAGACAGAAGUUGUUUGAUGUCCGAUCAAAAAGGCCAAGACCACAUUUGGACGACAAGGUUAUUGUUUCAUGGAAUGGAUUAGCAAUAUCUGCCUUUGCAAGAGCUUCACAAAUUUUGAAGUCAGGACCACCUGGAACCAAAUUUUAUUUCCCUGUAGUAGGAUGCGAUCCAGUAGAAUAUCUUCAAGUUGCAGAAAAGGCAGCAAACUUUAUAAAGGAAAAACUCUAUGAUGCAAGCUCAAAAAGGCUGCAUCAUAGUUAUCGAAAUGGCCCAGCAAAAGCACCAGGAUUUUUAGAUGAUUAUGCCUUCUUAAUCAAUGCCUUGCUGGAUCUCUAUGAAUAUGGUGGUAAGAUAGAGUGGCUUCUGUGGGCUGUCGAGCUGCAAGUCAUUCAGGAUGAAUUGUUCUUGGACAAACAAGGGGGUGGCUAUUUCAAUACUCCCGGAGAAGACCCUUCUGUCCUUUUGCGUGUUAAAGAAGAUUAUGAUGGUGCAGAGCCUUCUGGAAACUCGAUGGCAGCGAUCAACAUGGUCAGGUUGUCCAGUAUAUUUGAUGCUGCAAAAUCUGAAGGCUACAAACGUAAUGUUGAACAUCUCCUGGCGGUGUUUGAGACUAGACUGAAAGAACUUGGCAUAGCAUUGCCGCUGAUGUGCUGCGCAGCAGACAUGCUCACUGUUCCAUCAAGGAAGCAGGUAGUGCUGGUGGGGAAUAAAGCAUCUCCAGAAUUUCAAGACAUGGUCGCUGCUGCAUUCUCGUCAUACGAUCCAAACAGAACCGUGAUCCAGAUAGAUGUCAGCAAUAUGGAAGAGAUGGCAUUCUGGGAGAGCAACAACGCAAACAUCGCGCAGAUGGCACGGAGCAGCCCAUCGGGGAAGCCAGCGGUGGCGCAUGUGUGCCAAGAGUUCAAGUGCAGUCCUCCGGUGACCUCUCCUGGCGCGCUCCGUGAGCUGCUCAACAAGACGGUGGCUGCUGCGGGUUCAGCUGUUUGAUGCUCUGCCGCCUUGCUGCAUGUUACUAGCAGUCUGUUUUCCCGCAAGUUGGUGUCGACGUUUACAUGUUUGCAGAGCUUAUGUAGUUCAUGUGUGUGCCAUAUCGACAAAGCUCUUGAGACCUUUCAGUUGGCAGUUGUAUAUAGAUGUUCCCAGUAAGAUACAAGGCUAGACUAGUACGUCACACACCUGUGUGCAUGCGUUUCAUAUGUUUGCACAGGGAGGCCUGCUUUGUAUACAUGACACUUUAUAAAUAAAGGAUGAAAUAAAACAGUACGGUGAAUGGUUUCACUGGAAUUUGGAUGA